GUCGCGAGUCUAGAGGCUGGGUGCGCCCGUGGGCAGGGCAGCUUGGAUUUCGUUCCCGUUUUCAGGUGGCGGACCGGCCGGGGAGGAAGUCUUUGUUUUGCGGGAGGGGGCCGAGCCCGGUCCUUUCUCUCCCGCCCCCCUUUGUGGGCCGAGCGCACUCCCCGCCCCCGAGCGCGCGCGUCCCCGCCCUCCUGCGCUGCCUGCCGCGGGGCCGGGACCGCGGGCCCGCCGAGCCCCGCGCCCUUUCCCGGCCGCCGAGCGAGCGCGGCGGCCGCCCGGGCUCGCGGGCGCCCGGGCUCGCGGGCUCGCGCCUGCCGGCUGCGGGGCCUGCGGGGCCACGCCGCGUGCUCGGGCAAGGUCGGGCGCCUCACUUCUUUCGGGACUGGGUCGUUUUCCCCUUUGUGUCCAGACUUAGCAGGGGCUCUUGCCGGGCCCUGCGGGCCCGAGCGCGCACGCCCCAACGUCCUGUCCGCGUUUCCGAGUCGCAUCCCCUAAUGCUCAGGAAAUGCUUCCGGAUGUCCAAGUAAGAGUUGAAUAAGCGGCCUGACCCCGUUGCCGGGUGUCCUCAGAGGCCGCCCCUGGCUGACAGCUGCGGGCGAUAGAGACGCCUCCCGUGCGCUGCCGGCUCCUGCCUUCAGCGCCGCCAGCCUCGGAGGGGCGCUUCCUCCGCAGGUCUGAGGAUGGACAGGACUUAGCACUCUGGCCUGUGAGGCGGGAGAUACAGAGACUUCCACAGAAGGACCAGAUCCUCGGAUGCGCCCCCUUACAGAGAGAUGAAGGGGCAGCAGAAAACAGCUGAAGCAGAAGAAGGGACGGUGCAGAUUCAGGAAGGUGCAGUGGCAACUGGGGAGGACCCCACCAGCGUGGCUAUUGCCAGCAUCCAGUCAGCUGCCACCUUUCCUGACCCCAACGUCAAGUACGUCUUCCGAACUGAGAAUGGGGGCCAGGUGAUGUACAGAGUGAUCCAGGUGUCUGAGGGGCAGCUGGAUGGCCAGACCGAGGGGACUGGCGCCAUCAGUGGCUAUCCUGCCACUCAGUCCAUGACCCAGGCAGUGAUCCAGGGUGCAUUCACCAGUGACGAUACGGUUGACGCCGAGGGGACGGCCGCCGAGACGCACUACACUUACUUCCCCAGCACUGCCGUGGGCGAUGGGGCCGCGGGUGCCACCUCGGGGAGCGCCGCCGCGGUGGUCACGACGCAGGGCUCCGAGGCACUGCUGGGGCAGGCGACGCCUCCUGGCACCGGACAAUUCUUUGUGAUGAUGUCGCCCCAAGAAGUGUUGCAGGGGGGAAGCCAGCGCUCCAUCGCCCCGAGGACUCACCCUUAUUCCCCGAAGUCAGAAGCUCCCCGCACCACUCGGGAUGAGAAACGCAGGGCUCAGCAUAACGAAGUCGAACGCCGCCGCCGAGACAAGAUUAAUAACUGGAUUGUGCAGCUGUCCAAGAUCAUCCCAGACUGCUCCAUGGAGAGCACCAAGUCCGGCCAGAGUAAAGGUGGAAUUCUGUCCAAAGCCUGUGAUUAUAUCCAGGAGCUUCGACAGAGUAACCACCGGUUGUCUGAAGAGCUGCAGGGGCUUGACCAGCUGCAGCUGGACAAUGAUGUGCUUCGACAGCAGGUGGAAGACCUUAAAAACAAGAACCUGCUGCUUCGAGCUCAGUUGCGGCACCACGGAGUAGAGGUCGUCAUUAAGAAUGACAGCAACUAACUGUGGGGACUCGGGGGCUUGGGGCCCCUACGGCCCCUUUCUGAGAACUACAGAGAGCCCAGCAGCAGCAGGCCAACCCCGUGCCCCUUUCCUUAACUGCCCGCCUCUGGCGUGGGACCAGGGGGAGUCAGAAGGCGUUCCUUUGAACUGAGGCCCUGUGAUCUAGCAGCCUGCAGCCGUGUGAAACACGCACGUGGGCCUGCGCCCACAGCCUCGCCCGCCCUGCCGUGCGGCCCCUGGGCCCCUGUGCUCCUCUGGCACAUGCAUUUGCUGUCUCCAUGCUGGAUACUGGACACACAGAACCGGGGGGCUUGCCCUAUGCCCGCGCACAGUGCCCCAGAAGGUCCGCUACCAAGUGCUGCGCCGGCCUGCCCCAGGACUCUGGCGCUUGCACUGGUUCUUUCUUAGCCUGGAGCGCAGAUGUGCACCUGAGGUCUCCGGGGACCUUUUGCAGGAGGUGGGGGAAAGGAUGCUUAGCAGUGGCCGCUGCCGCAGGAAGAGGAGAUAGGCCAGCAAGCAUCCAAGGCCUAUGCAGAAGUCUCGAGCCAGGGAGAACAACAGACAGGGGCCCAAUUGGGGCCUUCCCCUUGUGGGGACGGUUUCUUUUUCUUUCUUUCUUUUUUUUUUUUUUUAAAAAGAUAAAAUGUUCAGAGCCACA